AUGGACAUAUGCAUAGCUGGUCCACCGACAUGCACGCCGCCCGCGUCGGCUGCGCCCCCUGCCCCUGCCACCUCCAACCUGUCGUGCCCCCGUGAUUUGCUGCAGUACAUCCGCCGGUAUAGGCGUGUCCACUCCACCAUCUCAAACGGCUCGCUCCUGUCGCUCGAUCGGGGAUUGGUCGCCAGGUUUCAGCAGCCCAUGCUGCCCUCGCCGCCGGCCUUGCGUCCGCACCCGCACCAGGAGUUCAACUUGAACUACCUGAGCGAAGUGUGCAACCCCUGGAGGAGCUGCAUCCCCGACCCUCCUGCGGUCGUCCAGGCUGCUGCAGGCAAGGCGCCGCUCACUCUUCCCCUUAGUGACCCUAUUGCGAGCUCGUCAACGUUUGUGUUCGGGGGAGGGGCCGGGGAGAGCUCGGGGAUGAGAAGCAUGCCGGCCUCCGGCACCCACCCGGAGAGCAAGCUCAAUGCCGGAAGCGGAACUCCGUCAAAGAACCUCAUGGCGGAAAGGCGGCACCGGAAGCGGCUCAACGACCGCCUCUCCAUGCUCCGCUCCAUCGCCCUUAAUUUCUGUAAGAUGGAUAGGACUGCGACCCUCGGGGACACCAUAGACUACGUCAAGGAACUGACCGAGCGGAUUAAAACCCUGGAGGAGGAGAUCGGCACCACGCCCGAGGAGCUGAACCUGCUCAAAAAUUUCUCCAGCGGUGUCAACGAGGAGACGCCGACGAGGAGUUCCACCAAGGUAUGUGCAAACGUCGAGAACCGAGCCGGAGGCGACACGAACAUUGAGAUCUGCUGCUCGACAAAGCCCGGAGCGCUGAUCGCGACGGUGACCGCGCUGGACGUGCUUGGGCUGGAGAUCGAGCAGUGCGUCGUGAGUUGCUUCAGUGACUUCGCCAUGCAUGCCUCGUGCUCACAAGCGGAAGGGAGGAGGCAGGUGAUAAGCACAGACGAGAUCAAGCAGGCAUUGUUGAGGAGCGCAGGCUACGGGGGAAGGUAUCUAUAA